CACUACGAGUAAGUAUAUACUCUGGUCAACUCAUCGUUGUGCACCGUAUUUAAACUUUAACGUGUGUUACUUUCUCGUGAGUGUAAUUUUGAGUUUCAAGAUAGUGCCUAGACUGCCUAGAGGUAGGAGUCGAUAUUCUCACGUGUCGUGCCGUGCAUGGGUCAAGGUAUCGGUCACGUAUGUGUACUCUCUUCUGCUUAGUGUCCAAGAGUCGGAAAAAAUAAAACAAAAAAGACGCGCCCGAAAAGCGUGAGAGAGGGUCUGCAUUCUGCAAUCCCACAAGAUAUAGUAUAGGCCCCCUACACACUUGUGCAUCCGCAUCAUAUCAUACCUUUCACACCAACAAAUAUAUAAAGAUCCUACAUCAUCAUCGUCUAGAGCAGAAUGGCGACAAAAGCGAGCAAAAAAGCCGCGAGCUCCUCGACUUCGACGGGAGGAGCCGGCUUUAACGUCCAGCUCCCAACAACCUCGACUCCGACGCCGGGCAAUACCGGCGGCACCUCCACCCGAGCAUCCCGGCCAGGCAGUCCGCUCAGCCCGACCCGUUACUCUCGACUCCAGGAGAAGCAUGACCUGCAGAACCUCAACGACCGACUCGCCUGCUACAUCGACAAGGUGCGUCACCUCGAGUCCGAGAACUCAAGGCUCACCAGGGAAGUGCAGAGCCACCAGGAGACCACCACCCGCGAGGUCUCAAACAUCAAGUCGAUGUACGAGCAUGAGCUCUCAGAUGCCAGGAAACUCCUUGACGAGACCGCGCGCGAGCGCGCUAAGCUUGAGAUUGACACCAAGAGGCUCUGGGACGACAACGAAGAUCUCAAGAACAAGCUUGAAAAAAAAACAAAGGACCUGACUGUGGCCGAGCGCAAUUCGUCCCUGUUCGAGGGCCGCUGCAAUGACCUGCAAUCCCAGUACAAUCAAUCUCAAGCGGAGCGCAAGAAACUGGCCGAUCGCGUGCGCGAACUCGAGAAGGAGGUCGAGCGUCUCGCAGCGGUGCUCGACGAGGCGCGCAAGAACCUGGAAGAGGAGACCCUCCAGCGCAUCGAUCUCGAGAACCAUAUUCAGAGCCUCAAGGAGGACAUCAGCUUCAAGGACCAGGUCUACCAACAAGAGCUCACCGAGACUCGCACCAAACGCCAAGUGGACAUCUCAGAGAUAGAUGGGCGCCUGGCCGAGCAGUAUGAGGCGAAGCUGCAGCAGUCGCUGCAGGAGCUGCGCGACCAGUACGAGGCCCAGAUGCGCGUCAACCGCGAGGAGAUCGAGCUCAUGUACGAGAAGGAGAUCAAGAACCUCAAGUCGCACGCGCAGCGCAACAGCGGUGCCGCUACCCUGGCGGUUGAGGAGCUCAGACAGGCCCGUAGCCGCAACGAAAGCUGCAACGCUCGUAUCAACGAGCUUGAGAAGGCCAACAACGCGCUCAGUGCUCGCAUACGUGAACUGGAGAAUCAGCGAGAAGCCGAGCGGGCAAAACACACCGAGGGCCUGGCUGCUCUAGAGGAGGAGCUGUCACGCAUGAGAGAGGAGAUGGCGAAUCAGCUCCAGGAGUACCAAGACCUCAUGGACAUCAGAGUCGCCCUCGAUCUCGAGAUCGCGGCCUACAGGAAGCUCCUUGAGACCGAGGAGGCUAGGCUCAACAUAACGCCCGCUCAGUCGCAGAGUAGCGUGUCUGGCCGAGAGACCCCAAGCCGAGCUACUCCGGUGCGUAGUAACAAGAGGAAGCGCACCCUGCUGGAAGAGUCCGAGGAGCGUACCACCAGCGAUUACAGUGUCACGGGCUCGGCACGAGGUGAUGUCGAGAUUACCGAGGCCGAGACUCAAGGCCGCUUCGUCAAACUGACAAACAAGGGUGGCAAAGAAACAUCUCUGAGCGGUUGGCAAUUGAUUCGCAAAGCUGGAAACUUGGAAACCAUCUUUAAAUUCCAUAGGACGGCUAAGCUCGAGCCGGGUGCAAGUGUCACCGUUUGGUCAUCUGACAUCGGCGUGACUCACGAGCCACCCACCAAUUUGGUGAUGAAGAGCCAGAAAUGGUUUGUUGCCGAUAACAUGACCACUUUGUUGCUGAACAACGAUGGAGAAGAAAUGGCCAAUUCUGAGCGAAAAAAACAACAAAUGUCCACAUCUGUGUCACGACACAGGGAAAGUUUCUUGAGAUUACCUGAAGAGCUUCAUCAUCAGCAGAGAAGAACUAGUUUCUUCAACUUCUUUUAAGUACGACGACACACAGCUCUGACGAGCAAGUAUACGGAGAUCCUAGGAGUGAUGAACGCUGCUGCCUUAUGUGAAUUGAAUGAAGAUAAAUAUUUAAGAAGAAAUACUAAUAUUUACAGAAAAAAAAUAUUUUUCCUAAUUAAGCUUAAUAAGUAAAGGCAUUUUACGCUAUAUGAAGUCGUUUCUAAGUAGGACGCAAGAAUUUAAUUAUCGUUAGAAAAAAUUGUAGAAUUCAUCUUCGUCACUUUUCAUUUGAAAAGUGAACGUAAUUUGUUUUGUUUUUUUUUUUUCAACUUGUCGAUCCAUACUUAAAAUCGAUGCCAAA